ACUUGACAGCGCGCAGAGAGGCGGGGGAUUGCGAACAGACCGACUGACUGGAGGUCUGCAGCGGACUGAGAGUCGGAGCGGCCGACAGUGAAAUAGGUGGGAAAAGUUGCUGCUAACUCCGUCCACGGAGCACCGGGAGACACCCGUGGAGUUCCCACAGUCCAGCAGUUCCCCCAGUCAGACAUGAGGAGCCCCCCAGGCCUGGGUCGCUGAGCAGCUGAGAUCAAAGUUCAAGUGCUUGUUCCGGCAGUCAUGGCUGACAGGGAGGGGCUGCCCAUCGCCCCGGGCCAGAUCUACAUUGAAGUGGAGUACGACUACGAGUACAAGGCCAAAGACAAGAUGGUGACCAUCCGCCAGGGAGAGUGCUACAUGCUGGUGAAGAAGACCAAUGAGGACUGGUGGCAGGUGAGGAAGGAGGAGGGCACAAAGGCUUUUUACGUGCCGGCGCAGUAUGUCAGGGAGGUGCGCCGGGCGCUCAUGCCCCCCCAGAAGCCAGCAUUGAGGGCCAAGCCCACUGUUUUGGAUAUCUGCCGGGCAUCCAAUGAAAACCUGAACAGAGCCCAGCCGGAAAUGUCCAGCUUCGGGCGUCCAUCGCCUUCCUCCACCCCGUCGCCAUCCUCUGAUCGCGUCACACCGCCAGCUCUGUCCAAGGAUGCUAACCAGAACAUGAGCCCCCAUCACUGCAAGGUGGUAGCCGAACUGGUACUUCUUCACAACAACAACAACCAUCACCACGCCAACAAUUCCACGUUGCCAAGGACACGGGCAGACUCGCCUCCGCUUAAAGUGGGGAACAACCACAAAAAAAGUCCAGACAGUGACAAGGCGUCCCCGCCGAGCGAGCUACCGGGAGAUCGCCUGAACAAGCUCCACAACGACUCGGAGUCUGGAGACGAGCUGAGCAGCAGCUCAACAGAACACAUGCAGACAACAUCACCUACAGGUCAGGGUCGAUCCGACUCGCCGGUCUACACCAACCUCCAGGAGCUGAAGAUCUCUCAGUCCAGCCUGCCACCCGUCCCCUCCAGCUCCCCCCUCCACAUCCUGGGCGACUGGGAGACCCACAAAGACCUGAGCGGGAGGCAUUUCUACUACAACCGUGCCACCGGAGAGCGGACCUGGAAGCCACCGCGCACCAGGGACGCCAGCGGCAGCACCAGCAGUUUCCGAGCGGACAGCCAGGGCACACUGGAGAGUGAGCCACUGUCCUCAGAGGAAAACUGUCACAGCACCCACUCCAGUCAGUCUGACAGCCAGUACGGGUCGCCCCCUAGAGGCUGGUCUGAGGAGCUGGAUGAACAUGGACACACACUCUACGUCUCUGAAUACACACAGGAGAAGUGGAUAAAGCAUGUGGAUGAACAGGGCCGGCCCUACUACUACAGCGCUGAUGGAUCCAGAUCAGAAUGGGAACUGCCCAAGUACAACAUCUCCCCUCAGUCCGGUGAGGUUCCCAAGAGCCGCAGUCUGGAGAGGAAGCAGCAGGAUCCCAUCGUCCUCACCAAGUGGAGACACAGCACCUACGUCUUAGACCUCAACGACAAGUUCUCUUUCAAACUCUGGCGGUUCACUUCGGACUCGCACAAGAGGAGAUUUCGUCUCUCUCUUUACCGUGAUAAAGAGUGUGCUCCGGCGCCCAAGCAGAGCUCUCCAGACUCUGACUCCUGCCCCUCAUCUCCUAAGCACCCCUCGACCCCCUCAGAGAAGUGCGGAGUCCUCAAUGUCACCAAGAUCACAGAGAAUGGAAAGAAAGUCAGGAAGAACUGGAACUCCUCGUGGACCGUGCUGCAGGGUUCCUCCCUGCUCUUUGCAAAGGGUCAGGGCGGCAGCACCAGCUGGAAGUUUGGGAGCAACCAGUCGAAGCCGGAGUUCACCGUCGAUCUGCGAGGGGGGUCGGUGGAUUGGGCCUCUAAGGACAAGUCGAGCAAGAAACACGUCAUCGAGCUGAAGACUCGUCAAGGGACGGAGCUGCUGAUCCAGUCAGAGAUCGACAGCGUCAUCAACGACUGGUACCGGGCCCUCACGGAGACCAUCAACAACCAUGCCUGGGAGUCAGAUGAGGCCAUUGAGGAGGACAUGCCUGAGUCUCCAGGAGCUGAGAAACAGGACAAAGAGAAAGACCACCGAGACUCCAAGAAGAACAGAGCGAUGAAGACCUCUGUGAGCAUGGACUCGUCAGACCAGAAGAAAACCAGGUUGAAGCUCAAGAAGUUCCUGACACGUCGACCCACCUACCAGGCAGUCCGAGACAAGGGCUACAUCAAAGAUCAGGUGUUUGGCUGCAGCCUGACCAGCCUGUGCCAGCGGGAGAACACAUCAGUCCCCAACUUUGUCACGAUGUGUAUCGAGCAUGUGGAGAACACAGGUCUCAAUAUUGACGGCUUGUACAGAGUGAGCGGGAACCUGGCAGUGAUCCAGAAGCUGCGCUUUGCUGUAAAUCAUGACGAGAAGGUGGAUCUGAAUGACAGCAAGUGGGAGGACAUCCACGUCACCACUGGAGCUCUCAAGAUGUUUUUCCGGGAGCUUCCCGAGCCUCUCUUCACAUACGGAUCCUUCGACGACUUUGUUGAAGCCAUCAAAUGCUCCGACUACAAGCAGCGAGUGAAUUCAAUCAAAGAUUUAAUAAAGAAGUUGCCAAAACCCAACCACGACACAAUGCAAGUCCUCUUCAAACACCUGCGGAGGGUGAUUGACCACGGGGAGGCCAACCGCAUGACCACCCAGAGCGUGGCCAUCGUGUUCGGACCCACGCUGCUCCGGCCCGAGACCGAGACGGGCAACAUCGCGGUCCACAUGGUCUACCAGAACCAGAUAGUGGAGCUCAUACUGCUCGAGUAUGAAAGCGUCUUCGGCAGGUAGAGGGGCCCACUCAGAGUAGGACGCCUGGCUUUACAAACACGGACUUCUUUUCCUUUUCCCCCCUUUUCUUUGACUGAACUGAACAUUGCUGUGGACCAAGCAGUUGAGAGAAACAAAAAAUCAUUGACAGGACAGUUUACAAACGUGUUGCACUUACAGAAGUUUUGGAGAAGAGUUUGGAAAAAAAAACAAGGUGUACAGAUUUCACCCGCUUCUUCAGUUGCCAUUCCUGCUGCGAGUAGCGGGCUGGACAAUGGACAGUGUUUCAGAGUGAUGCCGUGGUGACGUGUGGACGUCCGUGUGAUUUGGUGGAUUUGAGUAUUCAGGUGUUUUCACAUACACUGGAUCCCUGUGGCCAGUAGCUUCAAAGCAGAGCCGGGGGCACCUUCCGCCUCCUGGUGGACCGGAGUUUCGCAGAUCGCAGCGGUGGGCGCGUGCGGCAUUCAUAGCCAAACCGGCAACCUCAUCACCCCGCCGAAGGAAUGAUCUGAAUCUGAACUGGAUAGGUUUUCUGUGUCGUGGAGCUUCGUCUGUGAUGUAUCAGCCCCGUGUGGUUUUGGAUCAGGCGGAUAAAAAAUAAUCAGUGUUAUGUUAACAGACUGUCUUUUGGCACUUGGAUGAACUGGAGUUACAGAUCGUGUCCCCGACUUACCUUAGCGACACCAUCACCCUCCCCUCCCUCGCACCCACUCCCCCUUUUUCAGCCAGUGUUAACCAUUAACCCUGUGACAUGAGCAUCCUGUGACUUGAAUGACGGAGGACAAACCCUCCGUCUGUGUGUGUGUGAGUGAAUUAACCUAAAUGGAGCAAAUCCUGAGCAGAAGCAUCCUCGUCUUGCCACAUUGUACAAACUGUGUGUCGUGUAGUCUUACGUGCUUUGGUAAAGUUUCCGUUAAGCUGCCGGGGGUCAUCGUCUGUGCUCCUUUAUGAACUUCAGUGUUGGUUUCUUCAUGAGAUGUCGACGAGGCCCUGGCGUUACUGGAAAAGUGGAUUUCUGGGGACUGCAAUGUUACCGAUUUUUACAUGACUUGUCUCUGACUGUCGGCUUGAUGACCCCUCUCUUCACCUAAGCUAAUAUUAAAGAGUAUUACAGAGAAGGGAAAUGGUACUGAGAAUAUUUUAAAGGUUGACGUAUGGGUGUUAAAAUGCAAAGAAGAGCCUUUAAAAGAACCUUUCAGAGCAUAUGUACAGUGACAGAAACUAGUUGUUCAAAUGUGUUAUAGUGACUGAGGUGUGUAUGCUUUGAUGGUGAACUAGUGAAAGAUGAUUUUGAUUUUGUAAAUUUGAAUUAAAUCAUGACAAUACACAUAUUGUGGAAAACAAACAAACACAUGAUUGACUGUUACUUUUCUUUGAAGGUGUACCUGGAGUGUUUGCGCAUGGUCAGCUGCACAUUUUGAAUGUAAUUUUCAGGCUAACUGCUGUUUGUGAAACUGCUACGUCUAAUAAAAAAGACAAACUAAA